GUUUGAACCAAGCUACUGAGGCUUCGAUUUUAUUUAGGUAUUAUUUAUCUAGUUAUUACGGUCCUGUAGGAGCAACCCCUAUCUUUUUUUCUUUUUUCAGGUUAACCCCGGAUCGCCAGCUGAACGAGCUGGACUAACUCCAGGGGAUGCGGUGAUCAAAAUAAACAAUAUUGAUGUAUACAAUCUAAGACACAAGGAUGCACAAGAUGUAGUUGUCAGAGCAGGACCAGCUUUCGAAAUGACAGUACAGAGGGGCGGACUGACGUGGCGGCCGUCAGUGACUCCCACAGGACACGUACCAGCGCCCUCUCCCAUCAUUUCCAACAACAUCAGCCCCGUGACCAGGACGUCGCUCGCCGCACCCAAAGGUGACAACUUUGGAGCCGUCGGCACCGGACACAACUUGUCAGCAAAACCGUUCGCGCCGCAGGUGAACGGGUCAUUGAACGGUGGACCGAGAUUAGUAAACAAGCAGUACAAUACACCUGUCAAAUUAUAUUCAGAAGACACUAUAGCCGAAACCUUAGCAGCGCAAUCAGAAGUUUUAGCCCCUGGAGUAGUAGGGUAAGCUUUAGAAAA